AUGGCGACGUGGCUGCUCCUGGUGCUGCUCGUGACCCCCGGGGGGGUCCUCCCUGCCCCGAGGGGGGGGCCCGAACCCCGGGGGGGUCCCGAACCCCUCUCGGCCGUGUCGGACCCAGAGCCCCGGGGGGGUCCUGAGCUCUGGGGGGGUCCCGAGCCCCUCUCGGCCGUGUCGGACCAGGAGCUCCGGGAUCUCUCCGAGCGGCUCCUCGCGGCCGAUUCGAACCGGGCGGGGCCGGGGCAGCUCGAGCUGAACCUGCAGAGCCCCGAGGGCGACUCCGGGAGCCAGAGGCUGUUUUCCUACGUGUCCCCGGCGCUGCUCUCCCGCCCCACGUUUUCUCGGCUCCUGGCGCUCCUGGACAAUUACGAGCCGCAGACGGGGCUGGCGGAGGCGGUGACGGACGAGGAGCGGCGGGAGGAGCGGGAAUUCCUGGAGGCCGCGCUGGACACUCCGGUCCUGGCGCUGCUGGAGAACUUCGUGCUCAGCAAGGGUCUGUACCCCUCUGCCCAGUCCUUCCGGGCCGACCUUCACUCCAUGUGGUUCGGGCUCUACUCGCGCUCGGGAGGGAAAGUUCUGGAUUCCUCCGGCUUCGAGCACGUGUUCCAUGGGGAGGUGAAGAAGGGGACGGUGUCCGGGUGUCACAACUGGGUGCAGCUGCAGGCGCUGGAGAGGGUGGGGAGGAUGGAAUACCUGGGAUACACCUGGGACGGACCCGUGAGUGGGGACGGGG